CCGUACAGUGAUACCGAGCCAGCGCUGCACGCUGAUAUCCUCGACAAAUAUCAUGCGUUGCGCGUCGAGGGCAUCGAUGCGGAUCUGGGAUUCAUCCCCACGACCCUGGUGCGGCGCAUUCCCUGGCCGGAAAGGCACUGGGUGGUUGUCGAACAUCCCCGCGCAGUCGUUCUCAUGACGCCUCCCGAGACACCUGCCUCUUGUUCUCUCCGGAUGCAGAUUCUGGAAGCUGUGGUCCACCGGAUGAUCGAGGCUGGACUCACCGGUAUCCGGGACGGCUGGCGCGAUGAGCGGUUUGCGGUCGACGGGCCGGACGGCGACGUGGUUCUGGAGGUUGAGCGGUCGGCUAGUGCGUAUUUCGGCGUGGUGACCGGCGGGGUGCAGAUGCUGGGGUAUGUCAUCGACGAUGACGAUGAGGGUGGGCGUGGUCGAAUCCGACUGUGGAUAGCGAAACGCUCGAUGAGCAAGCAGACCUAUCCGGGGAUGCUGGACUGCACUGCGGCCGGGGCCCUGACUGUUGGGCAGACGCCGCGCAGUACGGUCAUGUUGGAGGCUGCGGAGGAGGCGUCGAUUCCCAGGAUGGUUCUGGAGAAGGGCCUGCGACGCAGCGGAUGUAUUUCGUAUUUCCAUGCCAAAGGUCUCGGGCCACAAUUCGAGGGGGAUGACGACUCGGCGGUGCUGCUCUUGCCCGAGGUGGAAUACCUCUAUGAGCUUCAACUGGACUCCGGGACGGUGCCUCGGCCAAAGGAUGGAGAAGUGGAGGACUUUCGGCUUUGGGAUGUGGACCAAGUGCUCGACGCGUUGCGGAGAGGACUGUUCAAGCCGAAUAGCGCGGUCGCUAUCAUCGACUUCCUCAUUCGACAUGGUUUGAUCAGUCGAGAGAUAGAGCCACGGUAUGGCGAGAUAGUGACGAGACUGCAUCGACGGCUGCCAUUGCCGUGGCGCCAAACUUGGGAUGACUAG